AUCUUCAGUACCUAUCUUUUACAAUCUCCUUGGUGUCAAUUCCUAGUAGCUUUUGAACUCUAAACCAUCCCUUUCUUUUGGUUUUACAGCACUUAACUUUUAGCUUUUGCAUUUGAUUUCCAUGUUUUCUGCCAUUUUGUAACGCCAAUAUUUGAUUUUCAUGCUAAAAUACAUUUUAGCUUACUUACCACGAUCCUAACUAUCUUCAUAUCUUCAGGCUUUCAGAGCAAAAACUAGAUCUGGGAACUCACAAAAUGGGCAGAUUUUCAAUACCCAACUUGGGAUUUCUACUGUUAUGCUGCUUAACAGCUGUCUCAGAAGCAUCAUAUGUGAAGUACAAAGACCCAAAACAGCCAUUGGGUGUUAGAAUCAAAGACUUGAUGAGCAGGAUGAGUUUGGCUGAAAAGAUCGGCCAAAUGACUCAGAUCGAGCGCAAUGUUGCCACGCCUGAUGUUAUGAACAAAUACUUUAUUGGUAGUGUUUUGAGUGGUGGAGGGAGUGUACCCGCUAUAAAAGCUACUCCUGAGACUUGGAUUAGGAUGGUUAACACGAUUCAAAAUGGCUCUUUAUCGACACGUCUUGGUAUUCCGAUGAUAUAUGGGAUCGAUGCGGUUCAUGGCCACAACAAUGUGUAUAAAGCUACUAUUUUUCCUCAUAAUGUUGGUCUUGGAGUGACCAGGGAUCCUCAGCUUAUCAAGAAUAUUGGAGAUGCAACUGCUCUCGAAGUUAGAGCUACAGGAAUUCCCUAUGUCUUUGCUCCAUGCAUUGCGGUUUGCAGGGAUCCAAGAUGGGGUCGAUGCUUCGAAAGCUACAGCGAGGAUCAUAAGAUUGUUCAAUUAAUGACAGAGAUUAUACCUGGUUUACAAGGAGAUAUCCCUGCCAAUUCUAAAAAGGGUGUUCCCUUUGUUUCUGGAAAGAGAAAGGUGGCAGCCUGUGCUAAGCACUAUUUGGGAGAUGGAGGUACAACAAAUGGAAUAAAUGAGAACGAUACUGCAAUUAGCUUGAAUGGAUUACUCAGCAUUCACAUGCCAGCCUAUGUUAACUCUAUUCAAAAGGGUGUUGCAACAAUAAUGGUAUCCUACUCUAGCUGGAAUGGGAAAAAGAUGCACGCAAAUCAUGAUCUUGUGACCGGCCUCCUGAAAAACAAGCUAAAGUUCAGGGGUUUCGUUAUAUCAGAUUGGCUCGGUAUCGAUAAGAUUACCUCUCCUCCACAUGCUAACUACUCGUAUUCUGUAGAAGCUGGAGUUGGUGCUGGUAUUGAUAUGAUCAUGGUUUCUAAUAACUUCACGGAGUUCAUCGAUGAGCUAACUUAUCAGGUUAUGCACGGAAUCGUUCCAAUGAGCAGGAUAGAUGAUGCUGUAAAAAGAAUCUUGAGAGUUAAAUUUGUCAUGGGUCUCUUUGAGAAUCCGAUGGCUGAUUAUGGCUUGGUAGACCAACUUGGGAGUGUGGAACACAGGGAGUUAGCAAGGGAAGCUGUGAGGAAAACCCUCGUCCUUCUGAAGAACGGUGAAUCGGCUGAUUCGCCAUUGUUACCACUUCCCAAGAAAGCAACCAAGGUACUAGUUGCUGGAAGUCAUGCUGAUAACUUGGGCUAUCAGUGCGGAGGCUGGACCAUUACUUGGCAGGGUCUGGGUGGCAAUGAUCUCACUAGUGGUACCACUAUCCUCGAGGCUAUCAAAAAUACAGUCGACCCGACCACUCAAGUUGUCUACAAUGAGAACCCUGAUGCAGACUUUAUCAAAACCAACAAAUUCUCUUUUGCCAUUGUCGUGGUGGGAGAACCAUCGUACUCGGAAACAUUUGGUGACAGCCUGAACCUUACGAUAUCCGAGCCUGGUCCGCAAACUAUAUACAACGUUUGUGGGGCUUUGAAAUGUGUUGUCGUUGUCAUCUCAGGCCGGCCGGUUGUCAUGCAGCCCUAUCUCUUGUCGAUUCAUGCACUUGUGGCUGCUUGGCUUCCAGGGACCGAGGGCCAAGGUGUUGCCGAUGUACUGUUUGGUGACUAUGGGUUCACCGGCAAGCUUGCGAGGACUUGGUUCAAGACUGUUGAGCAGCUCCCCUUGAACUUAGGUGAUCCACAUUACGAUCCUCUCUUUCCGUUUGGAUUUGGUUUGACUACUAAACCUACCAUGCACAACUGAGUUCACGUUAGAGCUCAUGGGAUGGAAAAGGGAGAAAUCAAAUAUUUCAAGUUCUCUCAAUAGUAUAUUUAAUAGGUGUGCAAAAAGAGCUUUAAUUUAGUUUGAUUGGUAUUAUUGUUUGUACAAUGUAC